AUGCCGAACAACGUGGCGCUUCAAGCCGACAUCGGCUCUUUGGGGCUGUCUGGUCUCGGAGCAUUCACCACACUGCUUAGCGCAAUGUCUAAAGACAAUGUGCAGCCCAUGGCCAUGAUGUUGCUCGAAAACCUCGGCUCCCUCUUCCACGUCAAUGGUCCAUAUGCCAGCCAUGUUCCAGAAGUCAUGACAAGAGCUGUUUCUCACCCUGUUGGUCGAUUAUCUCUAGCUGUUGGAUGGCGCCGUGGCGACGCAAUUUCUGUAUUUGCGCAGACAGCUGGCGGCCAAGCUAUUACAUUGCUGGCCACAUGCUUGGCAAAUAUCUACGAGGAGCAUAGAUACGGCUUGAUUCUCUCAAACUUGUGCACAUUACUCCUUCCAAAGAGUUUGCCCAGAUCGAGCCCGACGCAGGUUGCCGACAUUGCAAAGUUGGUGGCUGCCAAGGCCGCUCCGCUCUCUUUUGGGAACGUUCUUGCGCAACAAACACAUCGAGUUCUUUCGGUUUAUCAGCAACUCCAAUUGAAACCGCCAACGCAGCUCCUUGAGCCACCUUCUGUUGAGUCCGCUGUCCAGUUGUUCGAGAAUUUGACAUAUUUACAAAACGGAAAAGAUUGCUUGGUCCGAGUUUCGGGCUCAACUUCGAUCUUGUAUAUCAUCGCCAUGGUUCUCUUCAUGUUCCCAAGCUGUACAAUGGUGACAGUUGAGUCCAUGGUCAUCCAUGAUAACGAAGAAGCUCGUAUCAUCAUCGAGGUUUCGGAAGCAUUGACAAAGGUGCAAGUCGAAACAAAGCUUGACCCUUGCCAGACCCUCGUAGCCACUCCGAUUACACCUCUACGCCGUAGAUACCACGAGACACCACUGCAACCAUCCCUACAAUGGGACGGGUGGCUGAAACAAGCUCUCUGUCUCCAAUUGGCCAGAUUUGGCCUCAUUUUCACUCACGACCUCCAAGAGACAUUCUGCGAGUUUAUGGUUCAGAUAGCUCCUCAUCUCAAGUUGUGCGACUUCAGGAACACGGGCAGGCGCUUCUCAGGACACCCAAUGUUAGGUUCCAGGAAACGCUUCGAUGAGUUACUCGGACCGCACUUCCGGUACAAGUUGGCAUCGACUUGCCGGGAAAUAUGCCUUUAUGAUCCACAACAAAAGAUUCAAGAUCCGGUCGCACAAUGGCAACAAUUAAUCAAGGUCUUGGAACGAGGUUUCAAAUCUGUGAAAUGCACUUGCGGUCAGUGUGUUACGCCGUUUUUCAGAUGGCCCCGGUGUCAACGUGAAUGCUCCAGACAAAGCAUUUCCCGGAUAAUGGGCUCAGCACUGGCGGCUGGAAUAUUGUGCUGCCUUCUGGAGCCUCAAGGUCCAGUCAAUAUGACAUUGGAUGAUUUUAGUAACACCUUGUCCGGGCCCGUGAUUCUUCGUGUACUGGGCACACUCGGUCUUGAAGGUGCAGACUUGACCGAACCCCCAGAUUUUCAUGGGUCCCAGUAUGGUGUGUAUCGUGAUAUUCUCAGCUUGAUUGAUUCGCGAUCAUCAUACAAUGAUUCACAACUUGGUCUCAGCUGUGGGGGUUAUAGCAUAUACCCCAGGGUCUUGGACAGCUUUGGAGUAGAUUCUGAAGGACGCUUCACUUUCAAAAUCAGCGAGGGUUUGUUUCUUCACAACGAUACUUACCACCACUUUCUGUGUGAGGAAGAUGAACGUCCCAAGUUCGACUUAAUUGCAAAGCCGGGCAAAGAACUAGCUCCUCUUAGCAUUGCUAAACUUGGAGAACCUCUUUCCUUGACUGUGUCUCUCCGCGAGGGCUUUGGAGGACUUGCGAUCAGACUCAAUGUCCAGAGGUCUGGCUUGUACUUCAACGUCAGCCCUGUAGACACCGUCUUGGGCCUGAUGUAUCUUGACACCACGCAAAGCUGUGAUCAUGGCAUUGGCGAAACCUUGCACGAAGAGUACGAAGCACAAGUAGCUAUUGGAAGCAUUGGUACGGUUCCCAACAAGGAGUUUGAACUCAACAUCACGACGACAGCAGGAAAUUCACAAGCGCAAUUCCUGGCUUGUAAUGGUGAUGGAAGAGGAGACUUGCUUUUGAAAUGCUGUUUGAAUUGCGGUGUUCGCCAGGCAUUGGAAGGCGGUUACACAAAUUUGAUAGUGACUUGA